AGUUACGCCAAGCUCUACAGUUCUUCGAAAAAAGUUCCUACACUACCGCCAUGCGCUUUCACGCCAGAGCCGUACAGCGGACCGAAAGCCGCAGACAUACUCGCCUCGCGAAAGAAGAACAUCAAUCCGUCCCUCACGGCGAACCUGCUCUACAGCGAACCCCUCUAUGUCACCCAGGGUCAUAUGCAGUGGUUGUGGGACGAGAAGGGCCGACGAUAUCUCGAUAUGUUCGCCGGAAUCGUAACCGUUUCCGUCGGUCAUUGCCACCCCAGAGUCAACGAGGCGGCUGAGAAACAGCUGAAGUCGCUCUGGCACACCUCAAAUAUCUAUCUGACAAGACCCAUCCACGAGUUCGCGGAAAAACUCACGGCGAAACUCCCUGGCAAUCUCAAAGUGUGUUAUUUCGUCAACAGUGGAUCCGAAGCGAACGAUCUCGCCAUGAUGUUGAUGAGGGCGCAUACGGGAGCCUGGGACCUGGUCUCGUUACGGAACGCCUAUCACGGUAUGACGCCGUACUGCGCGAGUUUGUGCUCUGUGUCCAGCUACAAAAGACCCCAAGCAGGCAAUUCUGGAGUGCAUCACACCAUGAACGCUGAUCCCUAUCGGGGGAUUUGGGGUGGAAGAAACUGCAGGGAUAGCGUAGUUCAGACAGAUCGUUCCUGCGACUGCCAGUCCUCAUGCAAAGCCGCCGAUGGAUACGCCGGGCAGUUCAAAGAUCUUCUAGAUCACUCCAUUUCUUCGAAGAAAAUGGCGGGCUUCUUCGCCGAGAGUAUUCAGGGUGUGGGUGGGAUUGUUCAGUUUCCCAAAGGCUUUCUACCGCAAGUCUACGAGAUGGUGAGAUCAAGAGGCGGACUUUGCGUCGCGGACGAGGUCCAGACCGGCUUCGGGAGACCUGGCAGCCACUUCUGGGGUUUCGAAACCCACGGCGUGACUCCGGAUAUUGUGACGAUGGCCAAAGGUAUCGGGAACGGCUUCCCCCUGGCAGCCGUGGUCACAACUCCUGAAAUCGCUGCCACGCUAGCUCAGGCUAAUCACUUCAACACUUUCGGGGGGAAUCCUAUCGCUUGCGCCAUCGGAUCUGCGGUCCUCGACGUCAUUGAAGAAGACAAACUCCAGGAGAAUUGUGCUGUUCUCGGGGAGCAUCUCAUACGCGAACUCGAGGGUCUGAGAGGAAAAUUUGAAAUCGUUGGUGAUGUGCGUGGCAAGGGUUUGAUGAUAGGUGUUGAACUUGUUGAAUCGAAAAAAACAAAACAGCCGCUCGCAGCCGCGAAAAUGGCCAGGAUUAUGGAUCUCACACGACAGAGCGGACUACUGAUAGGCCGAGGCGGUAACUUCGGAAACGUUCUCCGCAUCCAGCCCCCGAUGUGCAUCACCCGAGAAGACGCGGACUUCACUGUGGACGUAUUGAGAGAGAGUCUCCAAAAACUAUGA